AUGAAUAUCAACAAAGCCUGCCAUCUGAAAUCCAAUCUAAGGUACGAUUUCGCUUCUAUUCACGAGAAUAUUGCACAAGGAACAUCUAGAGAACUCGAUUUGAGAAUACACAGAGAUUACCACCGUUUAGGUUUUUUCGCUCUUUUUCCGGCAUCGGAUUUGUUUGCUCUGACAUCGAGUGUUGAAGAACCACAAGCAUCGAUUUCUCCACCUGCUAAGAGUUCUAAAGAUACAAAGGAUAAAGAUCUAAUGCUCGAUGAAGACAUGGAAAAGGAUACAUGGAACUUUAAGUCAAUGACAGAUGAUGACCCAAUGGAUUUUGGCUUUGAGCCAACACCAAAAAACAAGAACAAUGCCUUCAAUCUUUUAGAUGACUUUGAUCUUGAUUCAAGCCCACCAAAGAAGGGAAGCGAGAUUAAGACCAUGGAUUGCCAAGGAACUUCUUCUGGAAGAAAAUUUGAUAAGUCAGAUGCUUUGGACUUUGAUCUUGAUUCAAGCCCACCGAAGAAGGGACGUGAAACUAUGACCAAGACCAUGGAUUGCAAAGAAAUUCCUGCUGGAAGAAAAUUUGAUAAGCCAGAUGCUUUGGACUUUGAUCUAGACUUACCGGUAACUGGUCAAGCUUCCUCCAAAGCAAAGACGAAUGUCAAGGCAAAUGCUUCAGCUGAAAUAGAGAACCAAAUUUCCAACACUACAGAUACUAUGGUUGUUGAUAGUAGCACACAAUCGAAGCAAGCUACAACACCAGAGAGCAUCGAAAAUUCUGAGGCAGUGGAAUCACCUCAAAGUCCAAGGUUAAACACUUCACCAUCGAAGACAUCAUUCUCAACUGUUGAAGAAAUAGAUGAACCAUAUCCUGCAAAUGAGACCACAGCAUCCUCACCAUUACAUGCUUCUGAGACUGAACACACCGCAGUAAACAGAGAAACCAGUCCAGAUAUCCAGGAAAUCUGCAGGUCUGGCACAAAAGAAGAUUCUCCUAGAGAUCUAGAUCAAGUUACUGCAGAAAUGACUUCCAUCAUGGAAUCAAGUUAUGAGAAGACAGAACCAAACAUUUCAUCUCAGUUAUGCUUGGACAAGACUGAACAUCAACAGGAAGAAAUGCGUACAGAUACUCAGGCAGAAAUACAGGAUCAGGCUAGAAGAACACUACGUGAUCAAGAUGCCGGAAAUAUAUCAUCAGGCACUCGUCCAAGCCAAACUUCCAAGGUACAAGAUUUGAGUACAAAACUACCACUGGCUCCAUCCCACAGCGUAAUGGAUACAGACACACAGGCAGAAAAAGUGGAUCAAACAAGAAGAACACUACAUGAUCCAGAUGCCGGACCUCUCUCAGGAAAAAUAUCACCACCUACUUGUUCGAUUCAGACAAUCCAGAUACAAGAUUCAAAUGCAAAGCUACCACUGGCUUCAUCCCACAGCGUGCCAGGCCUCAGUGAUUUGAAGGCCACGCAAAACAAAGACUCCGGGCUUAUCCGAUCCAGAUUUUUUAAAACGCCAGAAUCCCAUGUGGUUGAACCCUCUCCAGCUCGGACAGAAUCUCGGCCUGAUAACCGAGAAAGGAAAGGGUUGACUUUGAACUCUACAGAUGAUAGGAGUUCUGGUAUUAAAGAUGCAUUACCUGGAUCCAGAACUAAAAGAGGUCCAUUGGAGCUUGUCAACACGGAUUCUGAAAAGAAUGUAGAAAAUGUCAGUACUAGCAGCUCAAAACUUGAUGCAUCGAGCUUGACUCAGAAGCUAAGCAAGCAUUUGAGUUCUGGAGCCGAAUCUUUGCAGAAGUCCAAGAUCGUAUCUCUUGAAAGGCCUAAACAUGGAAAUACCAUGUCUGAUCUACGUGCAGCAAAAACUCAAAGGACCAUUGGAGUAUAUAAAGACCAACCCAGUUCAGCAGUGCAACCAGAAGUUAGCUCUUCAAUAAACAAGGAGAAAAAUACCGAAACACAAGUUAAAAAGAGCUCUGAGAUUCAUCAUUUGGCUCCUAGAGACAAAACACAAAUCCUGCAAUGCCCAACUUCUUUAAAGCGGAAAGCUCUUGAUGAGGUUGAUCCUUCAACUCAAAUCUUCGAUGAUGCAGAUAAAUCAUUGACGCCACAACUUAAACGCUUUUCCAUGUCUCCAAGAGAAAACAGGAAUGUUGAGGAGCUUACACAUAGAGUUGCACAAGAAAAGUUCUCAAUCCAAGAGAGUAGAACAGAUAACAAUACAACCAAGGAGCUUGUCAACAAUAACAGUCCACGGAUUAAGUCUCAUCACCAGAUCAUAAACAUGGCAAAUCUAGAGAUCCCAAUCACGGAGAAUAAUGACAACGUAGAGAAAGCUGAAGCGUAUACAAAAGAACUCGAAAACAUCUGCAACAUUCUGAAGAAGAAACACGAGGAAGCGAAAGAGUUACUUGUCCGCGCUGUAAAACAUCCGUAUGGUUCAAGAGUUUGCAGCCAAGCUGACUCUUACGGAACAACAUAUGAUGCAGACUUGAACAAAUGUUGCUUAAGAGGUUACAGGUUCAGUGUGCUUCAGAAGUCCAUAAACAUUUACUUCAGGUAA